GUGUAGUAAGUGAAGGGGGCGGAGGGGGGAGGAGGGUGCAGCUCUCUCUGCUACGUCAGCGCACAUCACAGGGGCACACAGGACCUUUUCGCUUCAGGUACUCGGGGUGACUCCCUGCACGGAAAAAACAGCGAAUCCCGGUCACCCUUAAACGCGCUGACCUUCCCUCCACAAAGGAUUUGGUGUCAGAGCGCACACUGGCCAGAGGUCCAUCAGCAGCAGUGCAGUGGAGCAGGGAGCUGACCGCGGUGCUGAAUUCAUCAGCUAACAGAGAUCCCCAUUGCACACUCAUGUGCCUGGGCCGCUCCUGAUAGCUCCCAUUCCUAGCAGCAACUGACCAACACUUCCACAUCCAAGAUGGACGACGACGGGCGUUACAGAGACAGCCGCUCAGACUUUGUCCGCGGCGCCAAGGACAUUGCCAAAGUCGCCAAGAAACAGGUCGGCAAGAAGAUGGGGCGCGGCGUGGACAAAAUGGCCGACGAGUACACCAAGCGCUCCUACAAACGCUUUGAGGAGGAAGACGAUGAUGAAGACUAUGGCGGUGUGCCUAGCAAUGCCGGCGGAUAUUACCGCAAUGACAGCCGAGCCAAUGAUGAUGAAGGUCACAGCGAUUCCACUGAAGGACAUGACGAGGAUGAUGAGAUCUACGAAGGGGAGUACCAGGGCAUCCCGAGGGCUGACUCGGGCAAGACCGGCAGCAUGGAUGGGGUGACGGCCACCCAGGCGCAGCAGUUCAGGGAUCUGUCGGCCUACGAGGGCGAGAGGAGGAAAGACCAGGAGGAGCUGGCCCAGCAGUACGAGACCAUCCUGCAGGAGUGCGGCCACGGGAAGUUCCAGUGGACGCUCUACUUUGUCCUGGGGCUGGCGCUGAUGGCGGACGGCGUGGAGAUCUUUGUGGUCGGCUUCGUUUUGCCCAGCGCAGAGAAGGACAUGUGUCUAUCGGAGCCCAACAAGGGCAUGCUGGGCUGGAGUUUCCAGAUGGGCUCGGCCUACCAGUUCCACAGCUGGCGUGUCUUUGUGCUGGUGUGUGCCUUCCCAUCCGUGGCGGCCAUCUCCGCCCUCACCACAAUGCCCGAGAGCCCCCGCUUCUACCUGGAGAAUGGGAAACACGACGAGGCGUGGAUGAUUCUGAAGCAGGUCCAUGACACCAACAUGAGGGCCAAGGGUUACCCAGAGAGGGUCUUCUCUGUGACCACCAUUAAAACAGUGAAGCAGAUGGAUGAGCUGGUGGACCUGGGCGAUGGAGCCGCCUGGCAUCAGAAAUGGAGGAUAAAGCUCACGACACUUUUCCAUCAGGUGUGGAGUAACUUCCAGACUGUUUUCUCCCCCGAGUAUCGCCGCACUACCUACAUGAUGAUGGCCGUGUGGUUCUCCAUGUCCUUCAGCUACUACGGUCUGACAGUGUGGUUCCCCGACAUGAUCAAGUACCUGCAGAAGCAGGAGUACGCCUCGCGCACCAAGGUUUUCGUCAAGGAGAAAGUGGAACAUGUCACCUUUAACUUCACUCUGGAAAACCAGGUCCACCGCCAGGGAGAGUACUUCAACGACAAGUUCAUGAACCUGAAAAUGAGAUCUAUGGUAUUUGAGGACUCGCUGUUUGAGGAGUGUUACUUUGAGGACAUCACCUCCAGCAACACCUUCUUCAAGAACUGCACCUUUAUCGCCACCCUCUUCUACAACACAGAUCUAUUCAAGUACAGGUUGGUCAACUGCAAGCUAAUCAACAGCACUUUCUUGCACAACAAAGAAGGCUGCCUGCUCAGUGACGUCAGCGAUGAGAACAAUGCCUACAUGGUCUACUUCGUCAGCUUCCUGGGUACCUUGGCUGUGUUGCCAGGCAACAUCGUCUCCGCGCUGCUCAUGGAUAAGAUCGGACGGCUGAGGAUGCUAGCGGGCUCCAGUGUGAUCUCUUGCGUCAGCUGUUUCUUCCUGUCCUUCGGCAACAGCGAGUCAGCCAUGAUUGCUCUGCUCUGCCUGUUCGGGGGAAUCAGCAUCGCCUCCUGGAACGCCCUGGAUGUGCUGACCGUCGAGCUCUACCCCUCUGACAAGAGAACCACGGCUUUCGGCUUCCUCAACGCCCUCUGUAAAUUAGCGGCUGUUUUAGGCAUAAGCAUCUUUACCUCCUUCGUUGGUAUCACCAAGGCUGUGCCCAUCCUGUUCGCUUCGGGGGCGCUGGCGGCGGGCAGUUUUCUGGCCCUCAAACUACCAGAAACGCGGGGUCAGGUGCUGCAAUAGUGUGGCGCCAACAACUUUCCCAGGGGGUGGGGCAGAAGAGUUUUCACCACACUGUGAAUGAGCAGCUCAAGAGCCCUCCAGAUCCUUACCUCUGACCCCUGUCUCAUGAUUAUAGAGUAACGUUUGUGCACAGAUGCAGAUCUGCUGUAAAUAUUCGGGAUUGAUGAUUAUUUGAUGGGUGAUAGUGACGCUGUGACAAACCAUUAAAGUACCUGAAGAAACGUCAAACUGAGGCAAAUUUCUGAUGAAGUAAAAGUAAUAUUAACAUGUUCAGUGAGAGCAUGACACUUCAUAUGAUAGAUUUAGAUUCGGCCCCCCUGAUAUAAGUCCAUACACCUGGGGUUGGAGGUCAGGAGAUGGGGGCUCUUGAUAAAGAGCCAUGCAAAUAGACUCAUAGAAAUGACCACUAGCCAUUGUUGCAGAGUUCUCUGUAGUCACCUCCAUUCUUCUGAGCAAACUCACCUGUCAAGUCUUGAGUACUUUGCCAUUGUCGGACAUAGAAUCAAAAAUGCGACAUCUUCUGCCUUGAUUUGAAGCAUUUUUGACUUUGCGGGGUAAAACCAAGACACACCUCUCUUGGCUUUCUCUCAAACAAAGACCUGUCCUCAUUCUUUAUCUCCUGAGGUCUUGUGUUGAUGUACAGACUAACUGCCAUUUUUAUAGAUAGAACAUUCCAGGUUUGCUUUUGUUGAAGUUAGUGUGCGACAAGGAGAUCAAUCGAGCCCCUUCUCCCUUUAAAGCAUUGUUUCCGAUCACCUCCGAGCAGCCAUGAGACCGUCCAGAUCCGUUAACAGACACGUCUCCCAUGCCAAGUGAAGAUUUUGUGUUGUCAUGGUCACCAUUUCAUCUUAAAGAGUAAGUUCAAGUGUACAUUUAAAGCACAACCAUUUGCCAGUGUGAAUGUCCCUAACAUUUUCUUGACUCGAUGAAAAUGUUCAGAAUCUCACACUCAGUCACCAGUUUUUCAAUCAUACUGUAUAUCCCUUUGUAAGAAAUGCCUUUUUAGUCCCUCCCCUCCCAGGCUUACAGUAUGUUUGUCUCUUAUAAUAUAUGUUUUGGAGGGUGUUAUGCAUGUCACAAAGUAUGUAUGUAAAUUUAUGACAACUGAGAGUACAACAUGUAAAACAGCGUUCUGGACAAGUUGCAUUUGCUCAUUGGUUAGUCUGGUUUAAGUCACCUGAAUAUUUUUGACAUUUUCUACCCACAAAAAACAGCACAGUGCUUUUAUUCUGCCGUCGGUAGCAGUGAUACCGUGUAAGAUGGUGAACCUCACACUCCACAGGAUGUUCUUAAAAUUAAAAUAUUCCUUAAAUCAUACACACAGGUGGGAAAAAAGCAGGUAAUCACAAAGGAGGAAAAAAAAAUACUCUAAAAGUCUUAGUUUUGACGGUUUCAGUUCAGGGGUGUGUCAGAGCUGACAGACUAUAAUCUAAUUGUUUGUGUGAACUGAAUGUUUAUAUUAAUGUGAGUGUGCUUCUUAGUGCAAUGUUGAACCUCUGUGCAAUAUUGAGAUUUUAAUUUGUUUUUUAUGUCUUUUACCAUUUCAUAUUUGGCAAACAUUAAUUUUAUUUGUGAAAGGUUGUGGGGUAGCUGUCUUAUAUUGGUAACCGAACAUGGUGUGAUAAGAUACUGGACGUACUUAACAUGUUUUUUGCUCUUGGAUCAAGACUGGCUUGAAGAUCAGGAUUUUUUGAAGUGGGAUUGUAUAAGGUAUUUAUCCAUAGAUGGUGUAUUACGUACAGUAGAUGUCAGUCGCGAUUCCCCCAGUUUGGAGAAGCAGGCUGGAAUCCAACAUGGAAGCUAAGCAGUAUACUGCUGUGAAGGGUCCCAGCUAAAACAGUCUUAAAAAGAGUUUUAAGUACACACUAUAUUUAGAAUAUUUUCACUGCUUUACCUUAAUGAAAGACAGUGAUUUACAACUGUAAAAUAAAGCUGU